AUGAACCAGUUCACCAGUUCGCCCGCGAACGUCAAGGGCUGUGGCGUCGCCCGGCUGAGGCCUCCGCCACGGACCGCGAGCUACCCGAGCGACGGCUAUCCGAGCGACGGCUAUCCGAGAGCCGUCCUUUCCUGGGGCGAGGGCGAGCGCGGCUGCCUUGGCCACGGAGAGGACCUGUCGAACCAGCUGCUGCCCAAGAAGGUCGAGACUUGGGCGCAGGGGCAGUGA